AAAGAUCUACAUCACACGAUCCUUCUCCACCCCUCCUACUUCGGCGCUCGCAUGCACCAACACAUCGAGUCCAAGCUACACGCCGACGUCGAGGGCACAUGUUCCGGAGAGUACGGGUACAUCAUCGCCGUAUUGGAUGUGAUCGAUGUAGGUGUGGGACUUGUGAGCGUUGGCGCGGGGCACGCGGAGUUUACGACGACAUAUCGGGCUAUUGUGUUCAAGCCGUUUAAGGGUGAGGUGCUUGAUAGCGUCGUCACCAGUGUGAAUAAAAUGGGGUUCUUUGCCGAAGUCGGCCCUCUCCAAGUAUUUGUCUCCGCCCACCUAAUCCACCCCGACAUGCGCUUCGACAGCGCCGCCGCCAAUCCCUGUUUUGCCAGUUCAGACCAAGUGAUCGAGAAGGACACGCAUGUGCGGUUAAAGCUGGUUGGCACCAGGGUAGACGCAACGGAGAUCUUCGCGAUUGGGACGAUUAAGGAGGAUCAUCUGGGGGUGAUUGACUGA